GUACACCGAUACGCUACGGUGGCCGCCGACUACAUGCGCGAGGAGGCCGUCCGAAAUAUUGCAAUCGAUGCGGAAGAUGUGGCGCAACUCAUCAGCGAUAUGAGCGCCGAACAACGAGAGCGAGUGGUGCGAUUCCUGGAAGGCAGAGGACACAUCAUACGCGACGAUCAGUUCCCAUUGAAUCCGCGAAUUCUUCCGCCCAUAUGCGAGCCACAACUGUUCAACGUGGACUGUGAGCGAUUCUUUCGUGCCACCAACUCGCUGCUGGACGUUUCACAACAAAUUGUGGAGGAAGGCAUCGGCGAUAUCACAAGGGUGAGUACUUCAAGAGGGUUCCUGAUCUAUCUGCGUUCGCUACAAUUAUGGUUUUGA